AUGCUUUCGUCGGUUGUGUCGUCAUUCUCGGGAAUGGAGUUCAUGGAUAUCAAAGUUGUAAAGAGCACGGGUGAGGCACAGGGCGUGGCGUUCGUGAAAUUUGACUGCGAGACAAACGCUGCCCAGGCAGCGCUGCAGCUUCACCAAAUGGAGCUGCCCCUCGGCUCUGGCAAGUUUCUACAAGCGAUUGUCAUUUUGGCGCCAAGUCUGUUCACUACCACGCACGGCGGCAAUUCAAUCGGCACCAACGACUCCAUGCGUCUGGAUCACUCGUCCAGUGAACGUGUCGUGACGGGGUGCUCGGAAGAUGUCGACUUGCGUGCAGUGGAGGCGCGUUUCGCGCACCUGAUGCGAAGCACGGAGCACUCAAGGGAAGGGGGUUAUUUCCCGCAGUACUCGAUGACUUCGCCCAGAGAAGUCGUACCAAACGACAGCUACCCACCGUCUCACUCAGCCGGGUUUCAUACUUCCAUGGGAAUGUCGGCGGGGGUCGAGUACUACCCGAUGCAGCUUGUGCCGUAUCCUCCAGCCCCCCAGCAACCUUUCCAGCCGUAUGCAAACUAUGGAGGCCCAGCGAACUACCAACAGGUGCCACAGCAUCAAAGUUUCGGAGGAAGUGCGCCUGGGUGGAUGAGUGCACCACAGCCACCGUACUAUCAAGGAGGAGCCCCGCAGUAUCCGUUCUCGUGCGCGCCAGAGCAAGAAAUGGCGUUCCCUGUCGUCGAUAACAGUAGCAGCGUACCAUUAAAUAAUGGCGACGCGUAUGCUGUUCCCCCGAAGCCUCGCUCAGCACGCUCAUCGUCGGAGCAAAUGGACAUCGAGGACGGCGCCAGCAGCUGCAGCAGCCAAGCUUCCUCCUCUAUUCACGUUUCGACCAGCGAACCGCUAGAGCUGGUGACUUUGGUCAAUGCCCUCCAAGAGUGUCCAGGAGUAGUGUCAUUUACGAAAGACGCCAGCGCCGCGGCUGACUUGACUGGGUACAUGGUGGACUUCGCCAACGAGGCUCAGGCGCUUGACGCAGUUCGUAAGUUGGAUGGAUCGCUGUGUGGGGGACAGACACUUCGGGUUGCGAAGUCAACAUCGACAAGGCAACGAGGAGCUGGAGGUGGAGGUAAAGCUCGCUCGGGAUCUGGGCGUCGAAAGCGACAGCGUGUUGAUCCAAGGAGCCGAAAAUGA